ACGCAGUAAAUGUCGUCAUCUCUUUGUGACGUGGCACACAUGUCUGAUGUUCAAAACAUAAUCUAGGCAGCCAUCCGUUGUCUUCACUAAAACAUUGAAAAAAAAAUGGCGGUGACAAAUUCGCUUUCCUACGAUGAAGUCAAAGGCCUGCUUCACGUUAAAGAGCGGGAACAGGUUAACUUCGUGCAGAAGUCGGAGGAAGCCAAGGCUCGCAAUGUUGUCACACUGUACAACAUGCGCAAUGAGAACUGCGAGCUUCACAAGGAGAUUGCUUUCAACCGCACGGGUGGAGAGCACAUUGUCAUCAAGUUGUUCUCAGGGCGUCCGACUCAAAAAGGCCUUAUGAUGCACAAGAAUGUCACGGAAGCCGUGGCCACGAUGGACCACAAGACCUUCGAGCUAUCACGCUACCUGGGCUACCUGAACUACCAAGCCCAAAAGCUCAAGAAAACCUUAAAGUCAAAGCAGCAGGCUCUUGAAGACCUCGAGAAGGAGGUCAAAGGGAACGAGGAGGAUUAUAAGAAUAGUGAACUCUUGAGGCUGCAAAACGAGGCGGAGCUGAUGAAGAUGAAGAGGGAUGAUGCUUGGAAUACAUCUCAGUGCUACAAGAAAAUGGUGGACCACCUGAAAAAGGACAUUCAGACCAUGCUGCAAGAGAUUGAGACGAUGAAGAAGACGAAGGCGGAUAAGAAGGUGGUGUUGGAGGAGCUGCGAAGGAUUCGAGCGCUCGCCACCAAAGAGUACGAGCACAUACAAAACCAGUUAGUGCCUCUGCGGAUAGAUGUCGAGAACAAGACGAAAUUCUUUGACACCACACUGCGUGGGAAGAGAAGAGCGCACACCGAUCAGCUGCGUGAGACUCACACCAGAAUUGCAACAGAGCAGAAGGGCCCGUCGUAUGAAGAGGACAAUCCAGAGAAAGCCCUGGCCAAGGAGCUUUCCAUCCACACGGAGCUGAAGGCGUACCAGGACGUUUUCGAGAUGGUCAAAGACGCUCUGGAGAUCUCAGAUGUUAAGGACGUGCUCAGGCGCGUGCACGAUGAGCAUCAGCGCUACUCGCAGCUGUGUCAGCAGCUGGACGAGACCAACAACAAUUACAGCAUGCUGAAGAAAGAGUUGGACGACUUGAAGUACGAGUUUUUGAGGAUGAAAUACGACCUCAAGCCUCUAGGCCCAACCCCGCAGGCGCUGGCGACAUUGCAGAAGGAGGCUGACAAACAGCACGCCAGACUACGUGAGCUCUGUGACAAGCUUUUGUUCAAGGAACGAGUGAUCGCCGGCAUCAAACUGGCCUUAGUGGCCAUUCACAGCAAACUCCUCUACGUCAAACUGAAACCAGGCCAGUUGGUGACGCUGGUAGGUGAGCCCAAGAAAGACAUGGAAGUCAUCUCGAGCAAGAUUACGCGGCUGUUAGAUGAGUAUGGGUCUGAGACGAUUAAUGAAGCGGAGGUGGACAUGAAGGAGGUGCAGAACUACGCGGAACUCCGUCUGCCAGAAGACAAUCUUCGCACCACGUUGCGCUCUCUGGAUUACGUUUCACACGAAAACCUUCGCGUCGACCUGGACGAAGCACAGGCCGGCUACGUCUCACGGGAGGACAUCAAGAUCCGCGCCAUGGAGAUCCUCAAGCCCAAGAAGAAACCACCCCAAGCGCCUCCCAAGAAGAAGAAACAUUAGUGUGGUCCCCUUUGACUGCUGGAAUUCACGUCUAGUCUUUGAUUCUGAUAACAAUGACCUCUGUCCUGAAAUCAAAAACCUGCAGGAACAAACAUAUUGCGUAUUAUAAUAACACUCACGGAUUUGGCGGACACAGGACAGGGUUACAAGCUCGACAUGAAUUGCAGUUCAAGACUGUAUUGCUUCAAGGUAACGAAGAAAACAAAGCAGCGUCUACUAUAAAUAUACACUGGAUGAGCAAAGAUACAUAAAAAGUUAUUUUCAAGAUCAGAAUUUGUAAUCUUACGUAUAUCAUGAAUGACCUUUGUCUUACAAAUCUUUUGAUAAGUGUUUGCUUAUUAAUUAGCAUGAAAAACGAGGAGACAGAAGAAAUUAAAACAAUGUAAAGAGGGCUAGAUUUACAAUUAUUCUCCAGUUUUAUCCCCGAUGUUUUACCCUAGGUGAAGUUGUAAUUAAAAGAAACUAUGUUUCGU